AUUAAGUCCCUCCAUAUCAGCCAUGGCCGAGAAGGAGAAGGCGAUGACAAUGGUGCUGAAUGUGGACCUACAGUGCUCAAAAUGCUACAAGAAGAUCAAGAAACUUCUCUGUAAAUUUUCUGAAAUACGAGAUCAGACGUAUGAUGAGAAGGCAAAUAAGGUGACAAUCAAGGUGGUGUGCUGCUCGCCGGAGAAGAUCAGGGACAAGUUAUGCUGCAAGGGUGGUGGAUGCAUCAAGAGCAUUGAGAUCAAAGAUGAUCAGAAGAUUAAGGGGACAACAAUGGUGCUCAAUGUAGUGGACCUACAGUGCUCAAAAUGCUACAAGAAGGUCAAGAAACUUCUCUGCAAAUUUCCUGAAAUACGAGAUCAAACGUAUGAUGAGAAGGCAAACAAGGUGACAAUUAAGGUGGUGUGCUGCUCGCCGGAGAAGAUCAGGGACAAGUUAUGCAGCAAGGGUGGUGGAUGCAUCAAGAGCAUUGAGAUCAAAAAGCCAGAUGAAAAGAAGCCACCUCCGCCUAAGCCCAAGCCUCAGCGUCCGUCUCAGCCUCCAACUACGCCUAAGCCUAAGCCUAAGGAUGAGCCUACGCCUUGGCCUCCACGUCCGAAGAGGGAACCGACAGGAUCCACAGCUGACGGUGAUACUCCAAGACCUCAACCAGAUACUGACGACGACGAUGAAAGGAAUUUGCGUUAUUUGCGUUACCCGCCACCUGCUUCUCCGGUAAUUGGGUUUUGGUAUAGUGAAGGCUCUAGUCAUAGUGGAAUGCCGGGGAACCCAUGUUACGGUGGUGGGGCAGUCCAAUAUGUUGGUUAUUAUGGGAGACCAAUUUACGACAGCUGGGGUGGCGGCUGUUGGCGAAGGGAGAAGGAGAACAAAGGAGGGUUGGAGAUCGAAGGGAUGAAGAAAAAGGGAUGAAAGGGAGAGGAAGAGAGACGAAAGAAAACUCACGUGAGAUGGAAGAGGUGGGUAAACAUGUAAAUUCAGAUAUAUAAUUGAUUUUAAAUUAUUUAUUUUGUUUAAUUAAAUAGUGAUUACUUUG